GAUAUGUUAACGUUUGUCGGGCGUGAGUCUCAUCGCGAGCGGUAACGUUAACUCGUCACAUUCUAACGCUCCAUAAAUCUCACGAGCGCGGAGAUAUCGACGUUCAAUAAUUGAAAAAAUAUGCGCGAUUAAUUGUGGCGGAAAAAAACAAUCGCUAACCGAGGACCGGGACGAAUUUACGGUGAGCGCGACUCGCGUAAUCGCCGGUUUAUCGGAGAGAGCGGUGCGUUAGCCUCGGCGAUUCUGAACUUCUGACCGGGGACGGAUUAAAUUAACGCUGCGACUGUCGCGCGGCGCCGACUGCUUCACUUUAUUUAAAAAAAAAAUACAUUUGUCAGUAUACGUGAAUUCGAUCAUGUUCAAACCUUUAUAUUGAUUUAUAGCUACCAACGAAUCACAGAUCAGAUAGCGAGGAAAAUUCACGUCGGAAAAGUGGAAAAUCGCCGUUUCGGAGCAACGCGAAUUAGCCAGAGGCGUGUGUGUUGCCGAUCAAAGUGCUUAACAAUGCAAUUAGCUCUUCUACCCCCCUCUUAAUUCGGCACUGCAAUCUGAGAGUGCCGCGGAUGAAUUCGUUGCCAUUCCAUCGGAUCGCGGUGCGGGAAGCAUAGUUCGCGCUACGUGGUCCUGGUGCGAUCAGUCGAUCGGUAAUCGAUCGGGUGCAUCGGGAGAUCGGAUCGCUCUAAAAAUCGCCUAGUCUAGAUAACCGUCACCUGGCACGAUGUGGUUCGGAUCGUACACGUUUCUCGUCAUCGUUGUUUCGCUCGUCUCGGCGAAAGCGAUCGACCUCUCAUUUCGGAAACUGAAGAAGGAGGAUUUCUUCGUGAGAGUGCAGACGCUGAUCAAUCUGCGGGAAGUGACAGACCUCAAUCUGAGGGGGAACGAAUUCGACAGUUUUCUGGACUGCUCUACCAAUCUGGAGACGCUGAGAACGCUGGACCUGUCUCAGAAUCACCUUCAGCGAUUUUUCUUCCUGUGCAAGGAGGAAUACAAUCUGCAAGCGCUAAACGUGAGCCACAAUAAACUGGAAUACAUCGACGAUAAUGCUCUCAACGACCGGAUACCGAAACUGAAGAUACUAGAUCUUUCCUUCAACAAGCUCACUGUCGUCAACGAGACCAUGUUGCAACACCUAACGAUUCUCGAGUAUUUGUCUUUGUCCUGUAAUCCCAUAGGGGAUGGGAUACACGAAGGCGCGUUUUGGACUUUAAGGGCAUUGAAACACCUCGACUUGAGAAACGUAUCCGCGCCGUACUUUUCGCCGGAUUUCUUCAAAACCUUGACGAACUUGUCGACUUUGGACCUAUCCUGGAACCCAAUCAGCGCGAUACCUCUCUUACCGAUAAAUGUACAGAAGUUGGACUUGUCCGGCACGCAAGUGAUAAGCCUCGAAAACUUGUAUCUACCGCAGUUACGAGAACUGCGGCUGAACCACAUGCCGAACUUGACAUCGCUGGCGCUCAACGAUCUCGAGAACCUGACCAGCCUAGAGACGUUAUCGUUGAUCGGUUGCAAACAGCUGACCCAGCUUGGCCUUUGGUCGCAGAUCGGCAUCGUGCUGCCACGAUUGCAGCGCCUUUCGAUAAAAGAUUGCGCUCUGGAGACCCUGGGUGUCGAGCUACGUCCCUUGAUGCAACGGACACCCGUUGUCGAAUUGGAGAACAAUCCUUGGAAGUGCGACUGCAAGCUCGAAUGGAUUGGCCUGUUGAAUUCGACCAGGAACCUUAGUCGGGACAUUAGAUGCCUCGCGCCGGACCGGCACCAUGCCAAGCUCCUGGCUGAAAUACCGAGCUACGAGCUGCAAUGCGAGUACGACUCGUCGGUCAUCUAUCCGGUCCUAUGGACGGGCCUCUCGAUAUUGAUCGUGGCCGUGAUCGUCGCCGCGGUCUUGGUUCUCCUCAAACGGCCAAUAAGCCACUGGGGCUUCAAGGGAAGGAACGGGGAUACCGUCACGUACAAAAACGUCGUGGAGUCGAACAAUGAUCUGGUCCGAAUAUUGGCGGAGUCCGAGACGCACGAGCGCAACGAAGAAUGAAGCCAAAUUGAAAUUGGAAAGAGAAAGAACAACACAGACGAGUGGACGGGAAAAUCGUCGGGCUAACAGCAGACGUUUCAGCGAGACUUUUUUUUCGAAAAGCUUUGUUGUAACGGUUACUUUGUAAUAACGUAGCGUAAUUGCGAUAACCACACGCGGAAGUCGUCCCAGAAGAUUGCCCUGUUAUUUUUUUUCACAUUGACGGAAUAUGUCGGUUCGCAGGAUGUAAAUAGGAACAAAAGUUGAUUUAAGUAAAUGAUGUGAAAAUCAGGUCUUCGGUAGGAAAAUGUCUCAAGUAUUGUGUAAUAAUUGCAUUAUUUAAAAGAAGAAAAUUUCACAAUGAUCGCAUUAAGGUGAUUCGCCAAAACGCAGCUGUUUUGUUGACUUAUUAUUUAGAAAUGCAUUGUGCAAAUAUUUAUCAAUAUUUGAUAAAAGUUCUCCAUCUCUGCAUACGUUGUUCGAAAUAUGUAGGUACGCAUA